AUGAAAGUAGAAACUUUAGUUAUGAAAAUAAUAGAAGCUAUUGAAACAGCUUCACCAACUGUAAAUGGUAAAAAAAUCAGCAUAACUAAAAAACUUAUUGAUAAAUACAAAUAUUGUAAAGUCAGAGAUGAUAUAGACUUAGAAAGAAUUGACAAGAGUGUAAAGGAAGGUGGAUUUAUAUUUUCCCUACCUUUGAUAUUUGCUGGUCUUACCGCGGCGGGUGCAAUAGCUGGUGCUACAGCUGCUGGAGUAGGUACUGCCAACGAAGAUAAAGCAGCUAAAGUAACAGCUGCCGAAGAACAUAUACACAAUUUGGAAAUGGAAAAGCAAGCAAAGUAA